AUGGUAAACGGCUCGAUUGCCGUGAUUGUCAGUCUGACCAUCAACUCUUUGUUCGUAUACCUCUUGUUCACCAAAACUCCAAAACAACUCAAACAUUAUGCUAGAGUCAUGUUCAUUCAUGUUGUCAACGACACUAGUUUUAUUCUGGCUUUCUACUUUGUUUUGCCGGUAAGAUUUGUUUCUAAGAUUGUUGUUUGAGGGUACUGUAUUUUUCUAUAUGAUACUUCUGUUACGAAAUCUACACAGUCAUAAGCCAAAUAACUUUUGUUGUUAUUAGGUUGUUAAAGUAGUCCUGUGCGCAAUAAUUCCAAGAAUUUGCUUUAAGAGGGGCACAGAAAUAUUUGAACGACUUAAUAAUACCACUAUUCGCGAGUAUAGCCUAUAGUCGUCAAAUUUUUUCAAUUUUUUGAUAUUUUGAAAACAUUUUUUGAUUGAAUUUUAAAAUUUUUAACUUUUUAAGACCAUAUUUUUUGCUUUUUUUUUGUUAUUGUUAAAGUAGGGUAGAUUUGUAGCGAAAUACAACAUUAUGCCACACAAGAAUACGAAAACAAUUAAAUUGGCAAUUUGGAUACGGAAGAAAAAGCAAUUUUGUAUUAUAUAUAGCUGACAAUUUAUAAACAAAAUAAAUAUUAACUAGCAAAACAUAUCUUUGUAUCUAAGGUUCAACUUUCUAAUCUGAUUAUGAAAUUGGGAUUUUAAACUGUAAAACUUUGGAAUUGAGAGACAAUUUUUAUAAUAAUACAGUGGAACUCCUGUAUAAAUUUUCCUGUAUAUCGUCUGAGAACCUGAAAUUUGUUUGUUAUAAAGGAGUUUCGUUAUAUAGGAAUUUUAAAUGCACUGUGUAGUGAUAGACGGAAUUUAAAACUUGUUUGUUAUACGGAAUUUUCUUUACAAUAGGGUGUUAUGCAGGAUUUCUACUGUACAUAUUAUAAUAGAUUUUUUUUUAUUAUUUGAAUUUUCAGAAGUUUUUCCCCCACAACGGCCAAGUUUUUGUGAUUUUAACCAAUUUCUCGAAUUUAUUUGGAGUUUACUGGAGCACUUGGAUCACCGCUGUCUAUUACUUUUUCGAAAUUCUACAGUUGGCUUUCUUACCUUUGGACUUUUUCUACCGCUAUCGUGUAGUAUGCAAGUAUGUUUUUCGGUGUUGUGGGUGUGAGUUGUAAAAUUAUUUGUUGUUUUAUUGGUUCUGCAUAGUGCACUAGGUAUAAAAUAUUAGUACAUAGUUUAUUAGGUAUAAGAUAUCAGUUUUUAGUUCAAUAGGUGUUAGAAAUUAGUAACUAGUUCAUUUGGUAUAAGAUAUUAGUACAAUAUUGCUGAUUUUGCCCUUUAAGUGUUUAGUACAAUAAGAUACUAAAGAGAGCUUACGGUAACAAAAACCCAGCCAAUUUUUGUUUACGUGACGAUCUGGUUAAAUAGCAUAGUACCAUAGUACAAUACUAGAAUCACAAGGACGUUAUAUGUAUUUGAGACAUAAAUAUAGAUAUUUUUUGAUAAAUAUCUGUAAUUAACACACUGGUCUUUGACGUUGACAUACGUAGCUAUCAUGCCUAAACUGUCAUCUUUUAUGUAUUCCCAGUAACUCUAUAACAUGUAAUUUGAUAAGUACAGUAAAGCACAUGAGUCUAUUCGGCGUUGAUAUUGUUAGAGAUUAGCAUAAACGUACACUUGAACCUUAAUUAACGUACUUUAUAGACUGUAUGUUAGAAUCAAGGAUACAGUUAAACUAUAUUAGUCUAAAGACAAGACAGUUAGACUAUAUUAGUUGAAUAUAAAGUUUAAAAAUGCACUAAUAAAUCUAAAAAUACAGUAGUUUUUACAUAAUAAAGUGUAAAAUAUAUUUUCAGACAACACAUAAUGUCAAGCAAAACUUUGGCUAUCGUCGUGGGUGUAACAUCUACAGUAAUAUUUUUCCAAUCAAUGAUACUGUCACGGUUAAUGUUGCAACAAACACCAGAAUACGACAUCACAUUGAGAGCAUUACUCAAGGUUCAAAAGCUGCCAAUGUAUGUCGCUACUAGUACUGUAAGUUGACUAUUACAUAUAAGUAAACUCUUAAUAUAGGGUAAUACUAUGAAAGAAGUAUAUACCUCCUUGCUGCCAAAGUGACUAUCACAUGUCUCUUUAUGUAAGUUCUUAUAAUAUUUAAAAUUAUUAUGCCCUGCUUUUAAAUACUGUAAUUUGAUAUUUUAGAACCCAUGGCUCGGCUACACUAAUAACUGUAUGAACUUAAUGUUGGUACUCUUUUGUUUCUCCAUGUGUGGUUACGUAUUCUAUAAGAUCCAAUGUGAACUAAAACGAAGCUCUCGAACCUCACAAAACAUUAAGAUGGUACGACUUGAAAAACAAGUGACACGCCUUAUGAUCGUGCAAGUAAGUUGACUUCAAUGUUAAUGUAUCAACUACCUUACGCUUUAUACACUAUUUUAAGUUUUAAAUUACAGUAAUUUCUAAACUACUUUAAAGCUUUAUAUACUACUUCAUAUUUUACUUUUACUUUACAGCAAAAUCCUUUCUUUCUCACUAUAAGCAACACACAUUACCAUUGUAAUUUUCAGAGUAUUCUACCUUUGAUUGUCACAUCCAUCCCCUUCAUAGUCGUAUCUGGUUGUGCCCAGUUCAACAUAUCAAUGCCAAGACUUGGGUACUUUAACAGUAUAUUAGCCACAUGGAAUGGCACUAUAAAAACUAUAGCUACAAUUUGCGUCAUUCCAAACUACCGUAACUUUGUUUAUAAGAAAAUACAAGUUAAUCGUGUGAUAUCAACCUACCAUACCAACGACCAAAGUCUCGCUUCCGUGAGCAAUAAAAUCAACUUUGUGAGAACGACGUAA